AUGCUGCCGUGGAUACAGCACCGAUGGACCGGCCUCUGCCUCCUUGUGGCUGCAUUAGGAAGUCUAAUGCUGUUCCUGUAUGGAUUCUUCCCAUUGAAGUAUCAUUCAGGAAGGAUGUCACAUAUGGAUGAUUUGCCAAACUUCAUAGAAGGCGUCAGCAUCGAUGGCCAGCAAGUUUAUAGUUCUGGUGAGAACAGUGUUGUCCUGAUGGUGAUAGAUGGCCUUCGUUAUGACUUUGUAACAGAAGAGUACAUGCCUUACACCGGACAACUGCUCAAGAACAAAUCUGCUUGCAUCUAUGUGUCAGUGGCUGAACCACCUACUGUCACAAUGCCUAGGAUCAAGUCACCUGAGCGUAAGAAGGAAAAGGCACAGUGGAGGCGCACAAUAAACUUCUGGCGGGAUAUAUUUGCCAUGAUGACAGGCAGUGUCUCCACAUUUGCUGAUGUAGCAUUAAACUUCGGUGCUCCAGCUGUUCGUGGAGAUAGCGUGUUGCGUGUUGCUAACGCUAGAGGGCGCCGUACUGUAAUGUAUGGAGAUGAUACCUGGCUGAGAUUGUUCCCUGGAUUGUGGUCAGAAUACGAUGGAACUACUUCUUUCUACGUCACAGAUUAUACGGAGGUGGACAAUAACGUCACAAGACAUCUAGACAAAGUGCUGACACCAGAUGAGAAAAAGAAACCUACAUUUGACUUCCUAGUGCUUCACUAUUUGGGUCUAGAUCAUAUAGGACAUCUAGAAGGCGCUAGGAGCCCUAAGAUCAAACCGAAGCUGCAAGAGAUGGAUGAAGUGGUGAAAAAAAUAUUUACUGCUAUGCAAACGUGGGACCGUAACGGCGUGCUAAUAGUAUGCGGCGACCACGGUAUGCGUGACGCGGGCGGACACGGCGGCGCCACGCCCAGCGAGGUGCUCGUACCUUUAGUACUCGCCAGGAGUUCAGAUUUCGAGUGUCCACAUCCACAAGGUCCAGGCCCAACAGUGGCACAAGUGGACGUAGCGCCGUCUGUAGCGUGGUUACUGGGCGCUCCGCCCCCCGGGGACAGCGGAGGCCGACUCCUUCCAGCUCUACUCCCGCAGGACCCGCGCCAACAUUUAUACUUACUGCAUGUGCUCACCAGCCACGCUGUGAAGCAGGAUAUGCCUACUAAUACUGAGUUCUACAAGCAGUUCCAACGCGCUGAGCAACAGUUCGCCCACUACCUCGCUACAGGACAACAGAGUGCCGCCAAGAUUGCCAAAGAGUUCUACGAGGAAUCACUUGCUAAGAUGUCCGAGUAUCUUACUCAGACUAAAACUGAGUUCGAUCUGUUUGCUAUCGGCAUCGCUAUUUUCUUGUUGUAUGCGAUCGCAACAUCGCUCCUCCUAGUCACACUAUACUCGCUCCAACCAGACACGCGACGCAAGACAAGCAUCACAGGUCGCUCCCACCAGCGCUCCAGCAUCGGCUCCAUCAUCGCGUUCCUCGUCAUCUUCUGCAUAUGCAGUGCAAUCCUCGUCACAUCAUGUUUCAUAACAGAAACCAAAAGCCAACUAUGCAAUUUCGAAUCAUUCUGGGCACUCGGACUUUUAGCAACAGCCUGUAUGUUCACCAUCACUUAUUUCAUAAUUAAAACAGGAAUUGAAAGGAUUAAAGAUCUGUCGUUACUCAAUGAAUUGAAUGCUAUCGAUAUGUUGUUGAUAGUAGCGACUUUAUUUCAUUGCUGGUCAUUUUUUGGAACAAGUUUCAUUGAAGAAGAGCAUAUGACGUGGUACUUCUUCUGGAAUACUUUAAUGUUCUUUGUAUUGGUGAGAACUGUUGUUAUUUUGCUCAUGUAUUUGAGUAAGAAGCUGACUGGAGCGACAGAGGUGCAAGAGAAGCCGGAGUUGGAACAACGGAUGAGCGCUGUCGGUGUUGGGAUACUGCCUAAAUGGGUGCUGCUGAUUGCUUUGCAUAGAUACCUAAGAACAAUGAACCAGACUGGAGACAGAUGGUUGUUCCUGCCGGACACAGCAGACUGGCUGAAUGCUCCUGAAAACGCAUUCUAUUUGCAAGCUCAUCUUGUUGUAGGCACAAUCGGAACACUAGUAAUAUGUCUAUGGAACCUUCGUUUCCUAAACAACGUGAAGCACUUCCAGUCAAUGCUAACCACCGCGGCAGUGGUCUGCAUACUAUGCUACAGGAUCGCUUCCAACGCCUUAGAGUCACCAUUCGACGAUAUAAAGACUUGGGACCCGGUCAAGAUAGUAGACGUCUUCUGGGCCAUACUCAUAGCACAGUUCCUUCUAGAAAUAGUAUCCUACAUAGGUAUCCUAAGGUCCUGUGGCUUACAACCGACUAGAAAUAAUCAAAGUGCAAAUAAAUUCGAGUACAGCAAGCCUAAGGCGAAAUCUGAAGAUUAUUUCUACGAUAACUUGAUGGAGGAACCUUGGAAUGUCGAAGAAGUGAAGUUGAACUUAGUUCGGAGUCUUUCUCAUCUUAUGUUAAACGAUUUAAUGUUGAUAGUGUGUUUAUUAAUGCGACCCCAUAACGUGGUGAUGGUGCCCAGUAUAUUUGUGACGUGUGUGCUGACCUCGCAGUGCAUGGACCAUAAACUGCUGGACUCCAAGUCCGGGAAAAAGACUGAAGUGGCUGAUAUACUCAGUCGGACGCUUGUACAUAUGUGGAUUGGUAUCCUGUUCUUCUUUUAUCAGGGUAACUCAAACAGCCUGUCCUCAGUAGACCUGGGCUCAGGCUACGUGGGGCUCCGUGAGUACUGUCCUGUGCGAGUGGCGCUCCGCAUGGGACUCCACGCGUACGCCGGCCCUGCUAUAGCGGGCGCCGCGCUAUUCGCCACCAUCGCUAGACAUUCUGAUACUUGGGACACGUACUUACAAACAAUAUGGCGUUCAACAAACAUCCUAGCAGCUCACCGAGUGUACUGUGUAGUGGUCUACUGUGUAAUCGCAACUAUCUUCCGAGACCAUCUCUUCGUGUGGAGCGUGUUCUCUCCCAAGUUAUUAUAUGACUUCGUAGCGACAAUAUUCUCUCUACAAGCCCUCGCUACAAUAGCACAGCUACAGUUUCUAGCCCAUACCACUAAUUACCUCGCUAGAAUCUUCACGUACAAGUCAAGACUGUGA